CUUACAGAGCAAUAUAAAUAUUGUGUUUCCCCACGGACAAUAAAAGACAGAGCACCAAAAUGGCUACCUCCUUACUUCGUCUAGGACGACUGGGGUCUCUCAAGGUUCUCCAGAAAGAGACCUGGAGUCUUUUGAGGAGCUCCUCUGCCGCGGCAUUCUGCACCAAGGCUGAGGAGCCAAAGAAAGCUGUUAAAAAGGCAACGGCUACAAAGACCUCAGAAGAGAGGGCUGCACUACAAGCCUACAACACCACGGUUGCCUUCCCCGUUAAGCUUUCAGCCUCAGGACUUUCCCCAGCACAGGCUCUAGGUGAAAUUGAAUCAGUGGCUAGCCCCGUCACUGCUGAAACAAUAAUAGCCGCAGCUGCAGAACCAGCUACCUUUUCCACUUCUGCAAGCCAUAUUGACUCUAUGCCUGCUGAAACUGCUGUGGCUGAAGAAACUGCUAGUUCUGCUGUAGAUGUGGCCGCUCCAGUCAUAGCGGUGGCUAAGUCUGCCCCUGCUUCUGAGAGUGUUGCAGAGAUCACAUCCCUUGUCACAGAGGAGGCCGCAGCACCAGAGACACCAGUAGUAGAAUCCACUACGCCAGUUGCAGAGGCUGCUCCAGUUGCUGAGGCUGUUGCCAGUGAAGCCACCCCAGUUGAAGUAGUCGUGGCAGAGGCACCUUCAGUAGCGGAGGCUUUCGCCGAACCUGCUCCAGUCGCUGACAUUGCUGCUCCCGUCGUCGAUUCUGCUCAACCUGUAAUCAACGCUGUCACGGAUGCCGCUCCCCCAGUUGCUGAGCCUGUCGUUGCUGCCAGUGAUGAAGCUCCCGCGCCAGAAGACAUUCCAGUUUCAGCCUCUGCCGAUCCACCUGUAGUUGAUGCUGCAGCCUCCACUGAACCUGGAGCCCCAGCCGUUGAAUCCUCAUCCAGUGAUUCUGACUCCGACUCUGACACCGACUCUGAUGAUGAGAUGUCCGAAGUGAAAUCAAAGGCAAAACCAGAUAUCUUAGCAGAAAAAAAGAAAGACGCAGAAAAGGAAGCAGUGGCUUUGCCCAGCGAUGCUGAGGUGGCAGUGCCGUCUGAUGCCAUCCUUGUGGCCACUGCUAAAGCUGUGCAAGAAGCUACACGUGCAGCGCCUCUGAACGCCAUUCCUGAAACUGUCAAGGAAGAAGCACCAGAAGUUGUAGCCGAAGCAGCAUCAGAAGUCACCAAAGAAGUUCAAGCGACCGCUUCAGAAGUUGCAAGUGCUGAGCUGGUUGACCCCACCUCUGUCCUGGAAGCAGCCCCAGUGAAAGCUACCCUGGAAGUUGGCCCUGAAACUGCCCCUGCUACAAGUUUUGAGGAGCUAGUAGACUCUGCCCCUGAGAUCGCUAGUGUACCCAAAGAGAUUUUUGCAGAAGCUGCUCCAGAGGUUGAAGUGACGCCUCCAGAAGUCACAGCUGCACUAGAAGUCACUCCAAAAGUUGUACCGGAAGCAGCAGAAGAAGCAUCUAAAGCUGCCCCUGUAGAAAUUGCUGCUGAAACCCCUGUUGAACCUACGGCGGAAGAUGCAGCGGCCGUUGCUAAAGCUGCCCCAGUUGAAGCCGCAGCAGAGGUGCUGGUAGACAUCGUCCCUGUAGUGGCUGAAGCCACAGGAGAGGAGCUGAUAGACAACGCCCCUGUAGUGGCUGAAGCCGCAGGAGAGGAGCUGAUUGCAGAGGCCCUGGCUGAGGCAGAACCGAAUGAGACAUCAGAGGAGGCGGCAGCUGCACCUCCAGAGCCAGCCCCCGAGCCUUUCGACAACAGCACUUAUAAGAACCUCCAGCACCACAACUACAACCACUACACCUUCGCAGACUUGGACCUGGAGAUGGCCAAGUACCGUCUGCCCCAGCCCUCCCCCAGGCACUGAGACAGACUGGAACCCAGGCCCCAUGUCCGCAGACAGCAUGUCCCUGAUCCCGCUGACCACCCCAUAUCUUUAUUAGAAUAAUAAUGAUUUUGCCUUGUACUUUAUGAUCCCUAAGAUGUGCUUGUAAUUCUGUUUAUAAGAAAUCGUAUAUUAAACUACACAAAAGGGA